CUCCGGUGCUUUCUCCACGGCCACACCAUUGUCCAAGCAGCGACGCGCUCUCCUUAUCCGGUCCACCGCCUCGAGCUAGCCCUUCCGGAAUUCGAAGCAGAGCGAGGCGAUAAUCCGGCGCGCCGACGAUGGCGGCGGAGUGGUGGUGGUUCCUCGCCCUGAACGCGGUUGUCGCCGCCAUCGCCGUCCUGUCCUCCAGGGCGCGGCUGCCUCUGGCGUCGGCGUCGCCCCGCCGCGGCGCCGGGGUCACGCGCAGGGCAUCCUCAGCGGUGCUGCAGCGCCUUCGCUCCUUGUCCAUCUUCUCCUUCCCGUCCGCUUGCUUCCACACCGCGCCGUUCCUCCAGCCCGACGCCACCGCCGACGCCGCCGUCUCCCAAGAAACAGAAGAGCCGGUGACAUCACCGUUCAAGUCGCCGUCGCGUGCGCUCGCGCUCGCAGCCCCGCCGACGGCAGAGGAGGACGAGGAGGAAGACCCGACUGCGAUGAGCAUGGAGGAUGCCUACGCGCUGGCCCUGGCGACGCGGCGGCGACCGGAGCGGGAGAGGGAGGAGGAGGCGAGGAGGUCGGAAGUGGACGCCAAGGCGGAGGAGUUCAUCCGGGAGUUCAGGGAGGACCUGCGGCAACAGCGGCUCAACUCCAUCUUCAACUACACCCAGAGGCUCAAGCAGCGCGCGCUCGGCACCGGCGGCCGGCAGCCGGCAGCCCGAUAAGCUUUGACUCACGUGGUCAAUUCGUUCAGAUGUUGGUCAGCAUUUUGAGGCAGACCAAUUAUGUUUUGAGUUGUUGGUUUAUACGUAACCUAAGAUCUGCAGGCGUGUGUACAGAUUAUUUGUAGGUUUGGUUUGGUUUGGUUUGCGCAUUUGCACACAUGCUACAGUUUCGUUGUAGUCACAUUUCAUUUGUUCUUUGAAAGAGGUCAGUAAUCAUUUAUCACAUUGGUGAAUUAUGUGUAUCUUGAAAGGGAAAUAUGCAGCAAUGGAAAGGAUUCGACUACAUGUUUU